AUGACAGACACCGCUGCUUUCAACCCGACCGUUGCGCCUAGUUGUCGAAGUCCUUUGAUCGAUAUCGAUCAUAACAUCGUCCAUUCCCCCAAGCAAAGAAGCAAGAAGAUUGAAUCGGGCCAUCAUGAAGUAAAUGCUGCACCGGAACAGCCAGUCGCACGAUAUUCGAUCAAGGACGGCGACAAGACUUCUGACCAAUUUAUUCACGAACAUCCGACCAUCGACCUCAGCGCGACUCACCUAGUCAGCUCCUCUCCAUACCCAGAUUUUGCGAACCAGUUACGCCUCGGAGACCUUGAAACACCCUUCAGAUUGUUCGCAUUCGCCAUGAGCAUUCUGCGGCCCAUCCGAGACGACUACGCCACAGCUCCUUAUCUCGAGUCGUUCAAUUGGUCCGAAGUCUUUGCAUUACUGCGGUCAUUGUGCAAACAGACAGGCUUUCAAUGGAAUGAGUUCGGCUUCUACGUGGUCAUCUUCCRGUCCAAACUGCUAGAGAGCGCUGACCGCGAAAGGCUCGGACUUCUGGAUCAAAAAAGCCACGAGGAGGCUUGUGCUAGUGGAGGAUUAUUGAAGUACUGGUUUGGUUCGACUGACAGCGAAAGACGAAACCUUGCCACUUGUCUUUGGCGGCAUCGAGAAGAUGCCUCCCUUGGGGGUGGAGGGCCGUGGCAUAAGCAGGCAAGGGCAUCAGCGCGGGUAAUGUACGAGACCAUAACCUUCCACACCCACAAGUUGGUUGUAACAGAUGAUGUACAAUCAUGGAGUUUGACGGAAUACGCCUGA